CCGCGGCGGGGGACGGACUACCCUGGCCAGGGUGCUGCGGGAGCCGCCGCCGCCGCGCAGGCGCCGGCCCGGGUGGGUCGGUGUUGUUUUUGACGGCGUCACUGGCGGCAGCAGCAGCGGUGGUUUCUCGUCCGUGCCGGGCCCCGCUCGGGGCCGCGCUCAGUGUGCUUUCAAAAUGUCUGAAAGUUCCAGUGACAGUGAUUCAUCUUGUGGCUGGACUGUCAUCAAUCAUGAGGGUUCUGACAUAGAGACAGUGGCUUCAGAAAAUGGAAGCACAAAUGAUAACCAGGAGUUUGUUUCAGAAGAAUAUGUUUCUUUGCAAGAAGAGGAGCAACCAAUUGAUUUGCAAGCUCAGUGCAGCAGUGAUGGAGAGAUACCAGUUGUAGAUAGUACUCUCUCUGCUUUUGAGGAAACUCAGACAGUUCCAGAGGAAAAUAAAGAAAAAAUCCCUGAUGAUGGAUCCUGUGUUGGAACUAUUAGUGAUGAUUCUGACAUUGUUACUCUUGAAGCUCCAAAACCAGAGGAAAUUCAAAAUCAGGAGGAAGCUCCAGCUGAUGGUGAAGAAACUCGAAGUUCAGAGGAUUUUAACAUGGGUUCCUCUUCUAGCAGUCAGUAUGCAUUUUCCCAUAUAGAAACUGUUUUUUCAUCUCAGGGCAGCAACGAGGAAUCGAGUAGCGAUGAAACCAGCAAUCAGUCCAGUCCUGCUGUACGGAAACGUCGGGCUAAGAGGAGGCUGACCUCGAGCUCAGAGGCUGAGGGGCUGGCACCUGCUGAACCAGAGCCUCAACCUCCCAGAGAAGAGCAGCACAAACGCCAGUUCAGCAGUGGCCUUAACAGAUGCAUCAUCCUGGCCUUGGUGAUUGCAAUCAGCAUGGGCUUUGGACACUUCUAUGGUACAAUACAGGUCCAGAAACGUCAGCAGCUGGUGACAAAGACACGUGAAUUCAAGGAUCUGAAGGAUGACCUUUACCAGUGCCAACAAGAGCAAGGAGAUAAAGUGCAACAGAAAGUGGGGUCACUCAAGGGAGAUCUUGCCACAUGUUUGACCUCUACUGAAGUAGUGAAGAAAUCCUUUGAAUCUCAAAAAAAAAGCCUUGCUGCUGAAAAUCAGCAUUUAAGAGAAUCUCUAGAGAAGGAAGAAAAAGCUUUGGCCUCACUGCAGGAAGAAUUAAGGAAGCUAAGACAACAAAUUAGAAACUUAGAAGAUAAAGGUAGUAGCACCGAGUCUAUUGUAAUAGAAAAUCAGAAGCUAAGGGAACAUUUGGAAGAAGAAAAGCAAAGAAACCACAACUUUCUUAGGCAAAAGGAAACACUCUUUGCAGAGGCACAGAUGUUAAGGAGAGAACUGGACAAAGAACGUCUUGUUACAGAAGGCCUAAAAAAGGAACUAGAGCAGUUAAGUUCUCAUCAAACACCUGACAGUGCUAAUGAUGAUGAUGAUGAUACAUUAAGAGCAAAUCAAGAAAUAGAAACUCUGCGAGGAAGACUGAUAGAACUAGAGAAAAAGUUAAACUUCGAGCAACAGCGUUCUGACUUAUGGGAGAAGCUGUAUGUGGAAGCAAAAGACCAAACUGAAAAACAAGAAAUGAAUGAAAAGGGACAAAAGAGAGGCACAAAAGGGCAAAGUAAGGCUAAAAAGAAAUCAAAGGAAUCAUUUUUUGGUUCAGUUAAAGAAACUUUUGAUGCCAUGAAGAAUUCCACGAAAGAGUUUGUAAGACACCAUAAAGAAAAGAUAAAGCAGGCUAAGGAAGCAGUGAAAGAAAACCUGAAAAAGUUCUCUGAUUCUGUAAAGUCUACAUUUAGACAUUUCAAAGAUAGCACAAAAAACAUCUUUGAUGAAAAGGAGAAGAAGUCAAAUGAUAAAAGAUAUGAGGCAAACAAGAAAGCUCGAAAUUUUUACCGAGAACAUAACACUUAUGAGAACCUGAAGCACAUGCAUUACAGGGCACCUGACAUGACAAAAGAAUUCAAAGAUGGCAGAAAACACCAGUUUACAACAUUUGAAAAAGAUAAAGAUUCACAGAAAUGUCUCAAUGAUCCUUUGUGUAAUAGAAAACAUAAUUUUGUCCUAAAGGGCUGCUCUGGUAUUUUUGAAUGUGCUCAUCAAGAAUUUCUAAGUCUCUUUAACAGAGAAUCGGAUCCCAUCAGGGUGGAUGAAUUUAGUCGGCUAAUGAAAAAGUAUUUGCAGCAGGUUGUACAUAACUUUCAUCACUGGAGAGAACUAGAAAAUUUCAUCGAUAAAUUUUUUCAUAAUGGGGUAUUUAUUCAUGACCAGAUGCUGUUCACUGAUUUUGUUAAUGAUGUCAAGGACUACCUGGAAGAUAUGAAGGAAUAUCAAAUUAGUAAUGAAAAGGUUUUUGAGGAUUUGGACAAAUACAUCUACAGAUACUACUUUCAUUAUGAUAGUUCACCCCAGUAUGGACCCAGUCGACCCAAAAGGCCACCUUUUACACAAACUGAAAAUUCCAGACAUGAAAAACAAGCUCAGAAGUACCAGCACCGUAAUAAAAGAGAAGGUAAAUGGCAUAAACAUGGUCGCACUAAUGGAAGACACAUGGCAAAUCUUGAAAUAGAAUUGGGCCAAUUACCCUUUGAUCCAAAAUACUGAGUAAUUUAUGGUAAAAUUAAGCUUAGAAUUCAUAAUUCGUAUCCUCUCUGGAAACAAAGCAGCAGGAUGCAAGUUUUUUCUCUAAACAAUUUGAUUUUUACACAUUUUUGUUAAAAGGCAGAAGUCAGGCUUUCUAAUUUGCAUACUCUGUAUUGCUGCUUUUAACUGUUCUUUGGAAGUGAUGAUAGUUUGGGUGCCAGCAGUAUUGUUGCAGAAACUAGGCAUGCAAUGACUCUGUAUGUGAAAAAUAUGCUUAAUUGCAUUCCAUUAGAGUAGUUCAAGCUUGAGUCAUGCAUAACAUACCAAUAAUUAAUUCCAACGUUUGAUUUACUAACUUCAUCUCAUCCUUCAAAAAAUAGGCCUACAUUAUGGUAAUGAUUGUUAGUGUUUUGUAAUCUUAUCCUUGCUUCUUGUCUUUGGGGGGGGAGUCCAGAAGCCUGUUGAAUUGUAAAGAAUUUGCUGUGCUACAUUCUAAUCAGCUUGCUGAUUUGAGCACUUGAAAUGUCUUGCAUAUCUGCAUAUUGUGGAACAAAAAUAAAAAGUCAAUUGUGGGUAAAAGUCUUUAUUUAUAAAACAAACUUAGCAUAGCUGUGCAGUUAUAUAAAAACGGUCCAGUCCUGUGUAAUUUCUUAUUCAAUAGUCAUAUGGCAACUUUGGUCUUCCUGAUAUUUUCUAGUGCUGUAACAUACAUAGGUCAGCACCCCCACCCUGUCAUACAGCUGCUGAAGCUGCCCCAGGAAGAGGUGUGGGUGUCCCCAGGCAGCCCAUGGCUGCCUCAUCAGACUCCCCCAUUUGACUUACCCAGUGUCAAGACUCUCUACUCAGUCCCUUCUGCAGAGCCAGAUCUUCUAAGCAUAGUACUGCUGUGCAAAACUCAUCUUUAAGCCUAGAAACUGAUCCUCAGGUAUGGUUAAUUCCAGUUUUUUUCCUGUAGACAUAGAUGUGGCUUCCAACUCGUCCUUGAGGUACAUGAGUGUGAAAGACAGUGGCUGUUUUCUCAUAGCCCCAUAAAGCUAGAAAUGAUGAUAUUUCCUGUAAAUGAACAUACAUUAGUUUGCACAAUCAGAAACUUUAGUUAGGAGCAUCAGAACAGUGUUCCAGAGUCUUCUGAAAAUCAUCAAUUCAACUGUCCCCUGGAAGUUUUAUCCUGUAUUUUGGGAAAGAUUGCUUGAAAAAGAGGUACCAAUCCUGUCUGGAGUCAAUAUUCCCCAGAUGCUGUUGUUCUGAAUACAUGAACUUCAUAAAAGAAUUGGGAGAAAAAAGAUAUUUUGCAGGCAUUUUUACUUUUCUUUGUUAAUUGCUUAAAAGUAUGUGGUUCCAGUGACAGAUCACAGAUCUGUUUUUACUUUGGACUGAGGGAGAAUUCCACAAAACGUGACUUUAUGGGAUAAAGAAUUUGCACACAGAAGAGUGCACACAUGAAUGUUAAGUAAUCUAUACUUAUAUUAUUGACUAGAUGGGCUCAAUUUUCAUUUAAGCUGUGUUUUAAAAAGUUGUGGAUAACUAUUUUAAAAAAUCUUGACUAUAACCCCCCCCCUGUAAUUUAUUUGUAACUUCCACACUAGUUUGUUUCCUCAUCCUUUGUUACCAUACCUGUUCCAGCACACUGAAGAAGAUCAAGUGACUGGGUAAUAAUGUAUUGUUGUAAAACUCCUUAUUAAGCCACCCAAGUGGAUUAGAGUAAAAUACAUCUGCUUCAUCAAUAUAGCUCUCAUUCCCACUUAGAUCUGGGGGACACUGAAGGAAUCUCAUUUUUAGAGGACAGUGAACAUGACUAGAGGGAGGAAAACAAAACAAACACUUCAGGAUUAGCUGACCAGUACCUAAGGUUUAAAAUUACUCAUAACUUAAAGAUCCUGCAGUCAAAACAAAAAUUAAAUAAUUCUUCCCAUCAUCCCCCCCCCAUGCCCCCAUUAUUUUCUUUCCUUCUAUACUUCAUAUGAAAGCAAAGAUAGAACAAGUGGAUUUGGCUCCGAACUGCUGGGACUACUUUUUAGCAGUUCACUAAAAGCAGAUUUAUCUUAAAGUACCAUUAGCAUAACAUCAGUUUCUUAAAAAGGUUUUUUUCUAUAUCAGUGUCACUGUUUGUAUCUCCUUUAAUGUUUUGUUUACUGGCUAGGAUCUACUGCAAACUUUUUGCAAUAGUGACUUCAGUCACUGUAUAUUGUAAUUACGUUUCUUAAGUCUCUAGCAGCAUAAAUUAAACUUAGUACCUUUUGGCUGUAACAAUUACUCUUUAGUUUUGCUACAAAUACCAUAACAAAACAAUACAAAUUACUUUCACAAGCCAUUUGCUGCAUGUCCUCAUACAAAACUUUAACAAGCUUAGAUGGUGAAUUUUUUUCUGUGAUAUAAACAUUUAGCUUAUUCCCCCUAUUCAUUCUCUUUUUAAGUCUGCAAAAUCAAAACUCUUUCUGUAUUCUUCUACCCAUCUCAAUUUAAGCUUAGGAAAAAAAAAAAGUCAAUUGCUGUAGAAGUGUAUGGUUGUUAAUGUAGGACAGUCCUAACUAUUUUAAUACCUGUAAAAUGGAGUAGAGUGGCAUGGCAUCAUGAUGAAGACAGAAGUAUUUGACUGGUGGGAGUCAGAACAGAGGUGCUGAAUGUGACUCAUAACAUCCAGAGAGCCUCGCUGGUGAACCAAACCUGUGUACAGGGCUGGCAGUAAGUUUGAUAAAAGCAGGAAACCUGCUGCAGAUUUCUUCCAGGCUUUCAGGUGUUUCA